UGUUUGCUGCUGUCUUGCUCAUCUCCGAAUCAUAAAGCUUUUGGAUCCCGUAGCGGUACUUGUCGUGGUACUGAUCUAAAACGUGAGGGUGGUGGUCGUGGAAACUGGAGAAGUACUGAAGAUGACAUUGCUCCAGCUACUGAGGAACCCACCAUGGAGGUUGAGAAGAGCCCUGUUGCUGAGAAGCAAGGAGGUGAGGAUGAAACCGCUGAUGCAACCAAAGAAGCCGAAGAGCAAGCACAGAAAGAAGCUGAAGACAAGGAGAUGUCUCUGGAAGAGUUUCCAGAGUAUGAGAAAAUUCUGGAGGAGAAGAAGAAGGCUCGCAAGCCACUAAGGUCGAGGAAAGAAAAGUUGACACCAAAGUGUUUGAGUCCAUGCAACAGCUUUCUAACAAGAAGACUACCGAGGAGAAAAUCUUCGUCAAGCUGGGAUCUGACAUGGACAAACGCAAAGAUGCUGCCAAGAAGACCAAAAAGCAGGAUUGGUCUGAGGCAUCAUGAUCAACGAUGUAGAAGACAGCAGCAGAGCUAUAUAAGUCUUAGGAAGAUGUCAUGUCUUUGCCUGGACUCUUUGCUGAAAGAAAGAGCCAUAGCUGCUGCUGCCAUCUCAAUAAAUAUAUUGGAGGAAUAUGAUAUGGAAUCCCUUAAGGCAACUGAUGUGAACCGUUGACUCAGAGCAGCUAUAAGGUACAUAUAUGGUCGUGGCAGCUUCUUCAUCUGAUGAUGAUAUUCCUCGGGAAAUCGAAACCAUAUGUCAAAUUGACAUGCACAUGUCUGAAGAUGACAUUGACUAAGAUUGAUCAGAGCUGAAAGCAUAUCAUCGUUCGAUUGAUUGAAUGAUCUCCAUCGAUCCCAAGAGAGGUAUUAGCAGCUACUCUCUCUCGUUUAUGGUGUCGAGUUUCAGAACAACCGUGACUCGCCUCAGGAUGAUUUUUUCAAAAAUCAUGUUUUGAAUAUUUUUUUGUUAUUUCAACUAAAAGAAUUUUA